AUGGGCUACGUCGACGAUUUUCUUUUCAUCCAGGACCGAGAGUGCAUCCUGUACUCUGCGUCACUCUUACUUUGCUUUACAUCUAUAUUCGGAGUGCCUUUGAGCUGGGCCAAGUUACAAUUGGGAAGUUGCAUUACCUGGAUUGGUUGGACAUUCAACUUUACCAGCGGCUCUUUUCAUAUUCCGCAAGAAAAAGUUGAUAAGCUUUUCAACUUGAUCAAGGAUGCUACACGGUCCAGAAGGGUUACCAGUGCUUUGCUCCACAAGUUGGUAGGACUACUACAGUGGUUCUGUCAGCUUUACAGAUCUUGCAAACCCUGGCUGGCGUCCCUUUUCUCAGAUCUACAUCGGCAUCUGGCUUCCCAGUAUAGCAUAUCACAGGGGCUCUGGCCUUCUUUGGCUAACUACCUUGACGAUGAUCUUCGCUUUACAUCCGUACCUCCGGGUACUCAAGUUCCGCUGGGAGGCAAAUUACUGGAAGCACGACGUACAGAACUGAAAACAAAGCAAGACCUUUGCAAGGUUGAGGCCUUUGCGGAUGCAAGAGCUGAUGGAGAGCUCAUUGGGAUUGGCGGUUUUAUUGCCUUCCCGUCCGGUGCCUACAUUUGGUUUUCUCAGGCCUGGCAGCUUUCCGAUUUGUCGGUUUUGAGCUUGGAACUUCGCCGACCCGCACAUAAGGACAUUGCCUGCUAUGAGACUUUGGCACAGAUAGCUUUGGUACAUGCUUACAGGUCAGUAUUUCCUUCGGGUCGAGUGGCAGUUCGCCUCCCCUCCUUUUCCGACAACGCUUCGACAGAGGCCUUGGGGGCGAAGCUUUACACUGCCAAGUGGCCAUUGGGAGCGUUUGCCCAGAAACUUUCCCUCAUAUCUGCAGCUUCGGGUAUUGAGCUGGAUAUUUCUCACAUCGCCGGUGAGAAAAAUGAUGAUGCAGAUCUGUUGAGCAGAUGGAAUCAAACUGAUUCUUUACCUGACAAAUGGCGCAAAGAAGACCGAGUGGAUUGCUCUCUCAAGUUCAUCUGGUUCUUUCGCAAGGAGGUCCUGGUGUGGCCUUCCCACUUUUCUUUACCAGCGGUGACACAGGAACGACAUGUGUCAGACGAUGACAUAUGA